AUGUCUUGUUUUAUAAAUUUAACGCAAAGAGCCAAAAGAACUCUCUCAAUCGGUAUGUUAAUCAUUUAUAAAUCAGAUUUUUAAUUUUAAGGGGCUUUACCAAAAAUAUAAAUGUCUAGAUCAAGAGCAUUAACUUUCAACAAAAACCAUAUUUCCAAAAACUCAUUUACUAUCUCUCCUAAAAUGAAUAAUAUAUCACCAAAAGUGAAUUCGAGACCUGUCAUGAAUGAUUUCCAUUUCUUUAAAUUGUAAAACUGCUAGAAAACAUCACCAUUAUAAGAAUUACAAUUUUUGAAAAAAAGUACCAAUAAGAAAACAAUUAAAAAAAAGCCAUCUCUUGAUUUCAGUGUCUCUGGAUUUGAAACAACAGAUAUAGAGAGGGAAGAUAUCUUUCUAUAAUCAUAUGUUAGAAAAUAAUGA